AUGGCCGUCCGCGCUCAAUUCGAGAACUCCAACGAGGUCGGUGUCUUUUCCACCUUGACCAACUCUUACGCCCUCGUGGCUCUCGGUGCCAGUGAGAACUUCUACAGUGUCUUUGAAGCCGAACUCCAAGAUAUCAUUCCUACUGUACGAACCACAAUCGCUGGUACCCGUAUCAUUGGCCGUAUGACCGCUGGUAACCGAAAGGGUCUUCUCGUUCCCACAACCACAACCGACCAGGAGCUGCAGCACUUGAGAAAUUCACUUCCUGAUUCAGUCCGUAUCCAACGUAUCGAGGAGCGCUUGUCAGCUCUCGGAAACGUCAUCGUCACAAACGAUCACAUCGCUCUUGUGCACCCUGAUUUGGAGCGUGAAACAGAAGAGAUUAUCGCAGAUGUCCUCGGCGUGGAAGUCUUCCGUCAGACUGUCGCAGACAAUGUGCUAGUGGGCAGCUACAUGAGCUUGUCUAACCAGGGUGGCCUCGUGCAUCCCAAGACCCCUAUUCAAGAUCAGGACGAAUUGUCCAGCUUGCUUCAGGUUCCUCUCGUCGCCGGUAGUGUCAACCGUGGCUCAAACGUUGUUGGCGCUGGAAUGGUCGUCAACGACUGGCUCGCCGUGACUGGCCUCGACACAACUGCCACAGAGCUCAGCGUUAUCGAGAGUGUGUUCCGCCUUGGCGAGGGUCAGGGCCCCAGCAACAUCAACACGAGCAUGAAGGACACCAUGGUCGAGUCUUUCUACUAA